AUGCAGCGUCUCCUGAAGCGUACGGCCCAGGCCCAGCGCCAGGCGGCUCGCCGGGCUCGCCAGCAUGCUAAGCGCAUGGAAGUCGGCAACCAGGCACAAACCAGAGAUUCCAUCCGUCAAGCUGUCAAUGAAGUCAAAGAGAACGCAAAGGAGGCUCGUGCCGCUCUGCGAGAUGCCUGGGAGAUGGGCCCCAUUGCCCCCAAGCGAGACGCAUUCCGUGACUACGGCGUCAUCAAGUCGAGAUUAAGACAGGACUGGUCCAACUUUGGCACAAGGUCGACCAACCCCAAGGUCGUUGAGCAGCGAUGCGCAUGGGCCGGCUCGCCCAAGCAGCUCAAUCUUGCAGCGGGUGACCGUGUGGUGAUCCUCGACGGCCCGGACCAGGGCAAGAUUGAUACCAUCAAGGAGGUGAAUGUCGAGACGGGCACUCUCCAGCUUGAGAAAUACAACCAGGGCCUCAUGGAAGGCAUGUUCAACAGCCCCCCUCGAUCCGCCGCCAUGCCCAUCAGCAUCGACGCUGUCCGACUCGUAUACCCUCUGACGAACCCCGAAACCGGCGUCACCCGCGACGUUGUCAUCCACCAGCUCAAGGCCGUCAAGCCCAACAUGCAGUCUGACAACAUGACCUUCGACCGCUGGCACCACGGCAAGCGCUGGGACCGCGUCGUCCCGGCCCUCAACACUGUGAUUCCCUGGCCCGAGGUCAAGGCGCCCGAGUACGAGGCACAGCUUGCCGAUACCGUCCGCGAGCAGGUCGAGCAGCGCACAUUCUACUAUGGUCUUUUGUCGCCGCCCAUGCCCGAGGACGUCAUCGACGAGCUCCGCAACAAGUACUCGCGAUUCCGUACAAGACAUGAGGACUGGUACGUCGAGCAGAAGGAGCAGGAAGCCUUUACCAAGGAGAGACGACACGAGCUCCUGCGCGCCAUGCAGACGCCGCUGGACGAGUUCCACGAGAAGCGCAGAGCAGACCGCGACGCUGCUGGCGAGCCGGAGCUUACCGACGAGAUGCUGGCCAAGCUGGGCGAGCUCAUGUCGGAGAAGAAGGCUGCUGUGUUGGAGCAGGCUGGUGUUAGCGAGGUGUCUUCGAAACAAUAA